GGCGUCGAGGACAUCGCGGCGCGGGCCCCGCACGGCGGGUUGAAGCGGAAGCGGGGGAACGCGCUCCCACGCAGCUUCCUGCUCGUCUCCGCGCGGAAAGGCUUCCUGGUGCCGUCGACGGUGGCUGAGCAGAUCCAUUCCUCGGACCUGCGCUUCAUCGUCACCCCGAGCACGUACGAGCGCGCCUCGGGCGUGGCGCCGCGAGGCGAGUCGGCGCUCCCGCAGGACAGCCAGCGCUUAUCCACUGCGUUGCUGUUGCGCCCUAGCCUCUUGCUCGC